UCGCCGCCAUAGUCCGUUAGUUUACCAUCGUUAUCCCACAGUCUAGAAGCCCAUGGACACGGAAUGGUAACCACUUGAAAGUAAAUGAGGCUCAAGACAUCAUAUAAAGGGACCUCAAGAAUGCGACAAAAUCAGGUCUUGGAACUACAACUACUACUAACAACAUACCUGAUGCCCAGUAUUGCAUCAUUCAUAUUCAACUACCAGGUCCUCUCCUCGAGGCUCGGCUGUGAAAUCAGAAUGACCCUUCCUGCUGUCUGUGCCACCCGACAUCCACCACGAUGAUAUUCACUCCGGAUUGCCUCUUUUCGACAAGAUCCAAGAUCCAAGACCAUCCACUGUCCCAGGUAAACGAGAUGGCUAAAAACGCUCGCAUCCUCUGGGUUUCAUUCCCCCUGGUCCGGAGAACUCGACUUCCUGUUCGAUUCAUACGAGGAAAUUGAUGAUCCU